AUGCUCUUGCCUUCUGGGCGUUCGAAUGGCGACGUUCAUGCAUCCACAAUUAAUACCAAACAAUCGAACAAUUCCUUACUAACAAGAACUCCAUUAACACAAGGCAACAUUAAUUUGGACAAGAAAACGGAAAAUGUUGGCAUUCAUCUAUCGGCGACGACAUCAGCAGUACCGAACACAGACCCUUCGCAAGUCAGGCACAUUUCUCUAUCCGCUCCUACUUCAACACUUUCGACUCCAGCAUCACAUUCACCGCAAACACACGGCACAUCUACACCUACCGUUGGUGCUAUGUUGCACUGUAAUUCUCCCGGAAGUCAGAGUGAAACAGGAACAACAACAUCUGGCCGCUGCACGGACGGACCGAAAACGGCAUUCGUAACCAAUGGGAAUGUUAGUGCCAGUGUAGGAGCAUUGUCAGCCACAAGUCCAGCCAUAAUCGGCACUUGGACUGAAAUAGACCGUCAUCUGGAAACCUUGCAGGCUACUCUUAAACAUGGCUGGACUGCACAUUUGGGCAAGGACGGUCGACUCUAUUAUUGCAACCAUGUAACACAGACAGCGGGCUGGCUGCCAUCGUGUGAGGAUUGGAGUAAAAGCGAGAAACUCCCCUAUGGCUGGGAGAGAGCUAUUGAUUCAAGGGGCCGAACAUAUUUUAUAAAUCACUUGAACAAGACCUCGACGUAUGAAUCGCCAGAAUGCAUAAACUGGGAUGAGAAGCCACCGGAACCAAGAGUGGUCGUUCUGCAAAGGAGUCCCACUAUGGGCUUUGGGUUUGUUGCUGGCAGCGAACGGCCUGUGAUUGUUCGUUUUGUCACGGAGGAUGGUCCGAGUAUGAAUAAACUCCAACCUGGCGAUCACAUUCUUGCUGUUAACGGAGAAGAUGUCAUGGACGCACCUAGGGAUCGGGUAAUACAAUUGGUGAGGGCUUGUGAUGCUCAGGUGACCCUCUUGGUAUGCCAACCUGUACCGAACAGAACACCUGGUAGAAAAUCGACCUUGCUGUCGGCCGGCAAAAAGGCCAAGCUCAAGUCAAGACCCAGUCGAGUUCGUUUCGCUGAAAGCGUGUGUGUGAAUGGCGCUCCCUUAUUUCCGCCAUCUGCAUUUUCGCUAGGUGACAUUUGCGUUCCACCAAUGGCAAAUGUUUUAAAGGUUUUCCUAGAAAAUGGACAGACUAAAUCAUUUAAAUAUGACGCUACCACCACAGUACAGGACGUGGUCACCUCGCUGUUGGACAAAUUAUGUUUCACUUCGGGAGAAAUUUUUAGUCUCGUCUUGGAACACGUUAAAAGCCUAAAGCGCAACAAACUCACUCUGCUUGAUCCGGAAGAAUCCCUAGCAAAAAUUGCCUCAAGGCCGGGUGCCCACAAAUUGCGCUGUCUUUUUCGAGUGACAUUUGUACCCAUGUCGGCAGCCGAUUUAGCUCAAAAGGAUCUCAACGCCCUUGAUUACUUGUACAUGCAAUGUUGUAACGAUGUUUCCCAGGAGAGAUUUGCUCCCGAGCUGCAGCCCGAUGUCGCUUUGCGUUUGGCUGCCCUACACAUGCACCAGCAUGCCCUGGCCAAUGGCGUGCAUCCAUCCAAAUUGACGGUUAAAGUCGUAGAGCGAGAGUUCGGACUAGAAAGAUUUUUGCCUGCUACAUUGUCCGAAGGUAUGAAACGAAAGGAAUUGAGGCGAUUGAUAUCACAUUUCCUUAAAAUGAAUGCCGAGAUGACGGGAUCGUCGGGCAAAGUAUUAACACAGCUGCAGGCCAAAUUGCACUACUUGGAUAUAAUAGCCAGCUUGCCUAGUUACGGAGCAAAGUGUUUUAGCACCAACCAACGGGAAGGAGUGGAAAGGGUACUCCUUGUAAGUCCCAGGUUUGGCCUAAGUCAGAUAUCAAGUGCCAGAAAUUCGGUUCCCCAAGCAAUAUCAUCCAUUGAAGACUUCAGCCACGUCGUUGUUGUUAGAGAAGACGAUGUAACUUGCAGUGUAAGUGUCUAUAUGCAAGGCGAUCGCUUUGUAAAAUUUUUUAUGGAGGACCGAGAUGCUUGCGAAUUUUCCCUAUGUCUGGCCGGCUAUUACAGACUAAUGUCAGGUAAACCUCUUCCAGUCUCGCGAGAACGAGAACCAGAGGAUGAGGAUAAUGCCCCAUCGUAUUUGGCCCAGCACACUGUUGUACCCGCAUCAUGGAGUUAUCUAGCGCCUUUUCACAGUAGAGCUCAUAGCAUGAGCUUUAUUGUUCCACCUCCUUAUCACCCUAGCAAAGUCCAUGUAGAAGGCGAUGCCAACACAAUGGGUGAAGGAGCAUCCACCGAUGUUCUGACCAACACAAACCAUAUGUCAGUCGUGAACUCUCCUGCCAACAUGUCAUUAUUGUCAACAACAGCAAUGGAUGUUGACAUUCACAGUGUCAUGGCCACGGAGUUAUUGGAGGAAGCCAAAGAUUCGGGAAUGAGCGAUAGCAGCGGUGGCGGCAGUAACUGUGGCGACCGUUCUCAAUCCAAAAAUGAGGAAGUUCUUAGACGUGUACAAGAAAUGCAGAAAAUGGUUGAAAACUCAGAACAGUAUUUGAACGAACAGGACGAGCUAGGGCAUGACUUUAGCAGAUCUGCUUCCACAAACACUGCAUACAACGCUUCAUGGCAAAGCUCAACUAUUGGCCUGAAUAGUGGGUCCGUAAAUGCAACGGGUGUGAUCGAAUUUGACAGCGACUGUGACAGUUUAAAUAGCAGUAAGUUGUCCUCCAAUGAAGAAACUCCCCCGCAACAAGGUUCUCUGAAACAUAGCGACUCCUUAGUGUUAUUGGCUGAAACAAUCAACCAUGACUUGACGGGCAUUACACAAGGCCUCAUUUCCAUCGGGGAGAAGCCCGCGGAAAUAAGGCGAAAGAAACCCACACUUUCAGAUACAUCCAGUCCCAGGCCGGAGCGAAAAGUUAAUGGCUUCAGUCAAUUACUAAGUAAUUUGCAAGCACUAGGAGAUUUUUCACAAAGUGAGAGUGACUCAGAGUCUAUCGCUUCUCCCACAAAUUCCCCCACAGCACGAAGGCCAUCGUUGCUCAACACCAAUGGCAAGUCGUAUCAUAAACAAAAUCUAGCAUACCGCUCAAGUUUUGGCUUGCAUAGCCCAGAUAGCAAUAAUUUUGGACUGGAAACAAAGGACUAUAAUCUCAAGGAGUAUUUGAAACAACUAAAGGAAAUAAGCAAUGUUGAUAAUGAGAAUCAAGACACUGACACAGCAGCUAAAAAACUAUCCGAGAUAUAUGGUUUCGAAAUAAGAGAAGACACUUUUAUUGAGACAGAUAGUGAUUUGAUUGAUCUCCGUGCCAUACCUCCACCGCAGACGCCGGACGAACUUGAUGCACUGUCCUUGCUAAAUGCAGCACCAAAAGGCUUUGGUGAUUUUAGUAAAAAAGCAUUGUCUGAUAUAGGCGACCAAGAUUUAGAUACAUUUUUAGAGAAGGUUGUAGUAGCACCCCCAACUCAUAAGGCCACACCAGCAAAAGAAUUAACCCCGGAAGAAAUAAUGUCAUUCAUUAUACCACCACCCCCUAAUCUGGAUGAAACGGAAAAACCGUUGGAUAACAACGUUACUAUUCCCGCUGAAAGUCUAUACAGUAAUUCAUCGUGUUUGAAGAGGAAUGAACGGUCAAUAUCACCUCCGAAUAUUGUGGAGGAUAAUAAGGGCCAUGUUAUUGAAUAUGCCACCGUGGAAAGAAAGAGUAAAUUUUCCUGUUGCCCAAAGUCGAAAAAAGACGACGCCGGCAACACCAGCGACGAGAAUACAGUAAAACUGAAAUUGCCUCCGAGAUCGCAGUCACUUGACCAAGCAGCACCUGCAAGACCACCAAAGAGCGUGGAACUCUUACAACGUUUUUCACCAAAGAAGAUAUCAUCUUCUCCAUCCCCAGUGCCUGAACGAAGCGGGCAUCAGUCCCACGUGCCCGAAGAAUCCCCACCUCUGCUGCCACCACGCACAAUUGUAAACAACAUUCGCCCCAAUGCACAUGAGGAACGCGAAGGUGACCGAACUCUUAUGUCACCUAUGGUGAGUCCCUUGGCCCCAAAAAAACCCCCAUUGCCUCCAAUAGCUACGAGACCAACCCUAAGGAAGAGUCCUUUACCUACGAAUCACCAUGGUGCCAUUGACGUGAAAACAUCCGCGCAUCCUCUACCAAUACCACAUCAAAGCAGGAACUACCACCCCUCAUCCAACAAUUCCACCGUGCAUAGUCCUCUAGUAUUGUCAUCUCAAAGUUCAUUCACAUUAUCAAGUCAGCAUCUAAACCACCAGUAUUCGCCAACAAGCCGAGAACAGCGACCAGCACAGCCAUCGCCUUAUCCACUCUUGAAUUCCCCCCAAUCGAGUAGAAAAAAUAACAAUGGCAGCCCGCUAAGCCACAUGCAUACAACGCUAUCACGACCCAUUCCAACAACCGGUACUAAGCUGAUCAUAAAAAACGGUCAUGUAAUUGACGCCGAAGCAUUGCUGGCCAAGACAGAUGUUGCUAUGGCGGGGCUAUUAGUGAAGCUGGAUCAAGUAGCUGCCCAAUGUACGGCGGCCCAGGCCGCAGGUGGUGGGUCGAGCAUAGAUGAGGAGAAAUUCCAAAGAGCUCGCAACGAAUUAACAGAGCAAACAUUAGUCUUAGUAACCGCCUCAAAAUAUCUGGUCGUAGCUAUGUCAGACUCUACACUUUCGACGACAUUACCAGAACACUUAACCUCCUGUCUUACAGCAAUACGCAGAAUAACCGAAUUGACGCAGGACAUGACACGACAUACAUCUGCACCACUCCAAACAAGAAACAUUGUCCUGAAAGUGCACGAUGUCGAAUCAAGUUUCCGUGAACUGGUUGGUGUGCAAAUGGGCAAUGCAGGGCAAUUGGCACUGCAAGCGGAAUGCUUGGCCAAUGUCCUGGCAACUCUGCUGCGCAGUCUUAGGGUAUUCUCUCCUUAG